AUGGUUACCACCGUUGAGUGCCUGUCGAUCCAGCAUGUUUUUGACCCUCAGACCAAGGCUCGUGCUGGUAAGCGGCCGCGCCUUUUGAUUAGCGACGGGUUUGCUGCGUAUAAAUCCCUCGAGAGCUUGAAGUUUUGUCUUGCAAAUAAUAUCAUCCCCUGCAGACUUCCCUCGCAUAUUUCGCAUAAGCUUCAGCCGUGUGAUGUGGGUGUGUUCAGUGCUCUGAAGACUGCCUACCGGGAACACCGGGAACAAGUAGAGCUUUUCUAUCAGGUGGAGCUAAUGCUUCGGGCACGAAACUCUGCUGGAACGCCCCGUAACAUCAACGCGGGCUGGUCUAAAACUGGAUUAUUUCCUUGGAACCCUAACCGGGUACUGAAGGACAUUAAGCCGCCUCCAGGAGCCAGUUGCUCCAACAGGGGGAAUGUUGCUAAAGUGGCCCAUUACUCUGACGGAUAUAAAACCAAGCUCGUGGGCGGGACGAAGACUCUAAGCUUCUCGCCAACUGUCUUGCCCAUACAGCGGAGAAAGCAUUCACGAACCUCUGCACUUCUUCGUAAUGACCACGAGCGACUGUUGGCACAGAAAAACGAAAAACGAUGUCGAACAUCAAACCCAGCACGCAAGGUAGGCAAUGCUAAAGUCAUGAGCUAUGAAGAUAUCAUCGAGGCUCAGCGCAACCUUGAAGCAAAAAGGCCACCCAGGCUGGAAAGCAGGACGCCAAUCAAAGAGGGCUUGCGGUGGUUAUGA